UGAAAUCUGUGUCUUAUAUUUCAGUUGUUGCUUCUCCCACAUUUUAUAUAAUAUUAUAUCAUGUGAGGAUGGUUAUAAUGCAUUCUAUUGUCUCCAUCUUUUUAAGAAAUUAUAUUUGAACUUUUAAUUUUCAGAGCCAUGGAGCAAAAACAAGAAAUGACUGAGGAAGAAGUUAGAGGUACACUAGAAGCGAUUGCAUCCACAGGGAAAUUCUGGCAUGAUUGGGAGAAAUUGAAGAGCAUGCUAUCCCUUCAGCUGAAGCAGGUGCUGUCAGAGUAUCCUGAAGCAAAAAUGCCAAGUGAACAACAAAGUACUCUAGGAGAAGCCUUCCCGGAGCUGGUUAAGCGGUUAGAUGAAGCACUUCUUAGCUUCAUUGAAGGCCCUCCCUUUACCCUUCAAAGGAUUUGUGAGAUCCUGCUAGAUGCACGGGGCAUCUAUCCAAAUCUCUCAAAGCUUGCUCUAGCUCUGGAGAAGAAUCUUUUGGUGACAUCCACACUUGCCAUCAGUUCUGAACCGCGACUACCAUCCUCUGAACCAAAACCCGACGAGUUGGAGGAGCCAGAGAAAGGUCUUGAAGAACAAAAGCAUUUACCUGACGCAGUAGAAAAUGGGAUCGAAUCUGUAGCUGGAGACAGGGAUGAAGUCAUGGCAGAGGUUGUGGCUGAAAUAAAUGACGAUAUGACGAUCGACAUGGAAGCCUUUAGAGAAAUAGUUGCAUCAUCUGACACAAAUGUUGCUGCAAACAGUGAUUCUUAGGCUUCAUCGCACACCUUUGAGUUAUAGCUGUUGAGGCCUGAGGGAGCGAGAUGGCUGAUAUCCACAGUGUUCUUCAAUAUUUCUAUUUGUUCGGGCCAUGGGAUGUGUUGAUCUCACACUUGGGGGAGUACAUCUACAUAGAUUGUUGGUAAAUGGAAAUUAGUUAACAAAUAUCAGCUACUAUUUUUGCUUUUUGAUGUUUUCUUGAUUAAAUAUUUGGCUUCUAAAUUUUGUUAUGUUACAAUCCAUUUGCUAAUGAAAAUGAUUAGUCCCCUUUGCAA